AUGGAUAGCGAUGAGUAUAAAAAAGAAGUUGAAGCAAAUGUAAAGGCAGAAAAACUUUUACAGUUGCAAAACCAAACCGUACAGUAUGAAAACUUAGCACAAGAAAGUAAAAAUAACGACGCGGCUAUGCAAAAGGCAAUGAAAAGCGCAGAAUAUAUAAAAGCUAACAAUGACUGGUUAGAUGCCCAAGCCAACGCUAAAGCAGCUCAGCUUAUAGGGUCAAUAAGGACAAAAAUACAAGCGGAUGAAGACAGUUCAAAUGAAGCUUUAACAAAUGCUGACUUUAAGAACGCCUUCGAAGCUCUUCAUAGUAAGGUGAAACAAGUGAACGACUUCUCAUCUGGAAAGAAACUGAAGUCUGAAGGUUUCGACAAAGAGUUAAGAGAAGUAGCACAAAAUAUGACGAAAAUAACAGAUGCAGCAACGAGACAGGCAGUUCAAAGUGCCUAUGACGCCGUUAGAGCAACUGUUGUGAAAAGUCAAGAAAAAGAGUUACAACAGACCAAAACAGACCUAGUAAAUGCUUUCUUAAAAACGAAAAGUCAGGUAGGACAUUACGCUGCAGAUGGAACAUAUGUGCCAGCUGGUGGAACUUAUAUACCACCAAACCCUCCAAGAGAAGCACCUGCACCAGGACUACCUAGAACAUUUACAUCGUCACAUGGACACAGACACAGGCAUGCACAACAACCAGCACAACAACCAACAGUUCAAAACCCUGCACAACAACAACAACAACAACCAACACAACAACCAACAGUUCAAAACCCUGCACAACAACAACCACAAACAGAGCAAGGACAUAAAAGAAGUAGAGAACAAGGAAACCAAGAAUUCUUAAAAAUGCUUAAAGAAGAGUGUGGUUUCCCAGAUACUGUUGACUUUAGUGACAGAUAUAAAGAAGCUAUUAGAAA